AUGAGUAUUUACCAUGAAUUGGAACAAAGCAAAAAUUCUGUUGGCGAGCUUAAGAAGAGUUUGGACAACAAGGAGGCUUUGCUUAAGAACACCGAAUCAGAACGUCAACGAAUUGAAGCAGAACUUGACCAAACACUUUCUAAAUUAUCCCAAACUCAAAAUAGAGAAAAAUAUUUGGAUGAAGAUUUAAAAGAAGCGUUAACAAAAAUAGAUAAAUUAAAAAUUGAAUUGGAAAAUUCUUUAAAAGAAUUACAAAAAUGGCAAAAUGAAUAUACAGAAAAGAAGGCAGAAGUUGAUGAAUUGUUGGAAAUUAUUGCUGAAUUUAAUAAUAAAAAUAUUGAAAAAGAAGGGAAGAAAUUUAAUAAGAAGAAUAUUAAUAGAGGUUCUAAUGAUUCAGUUAGCCCUGAUUCUCCGCCUGGACAAAUGGUUGAAUCUGGAGAAUUGGAUGUAGAUAAUGGGGCAGGUUCAGGUGGUAGUGCUGGUUGGUCAGACCUUGGGGAUGGAAUUGAAAUUGCUGGAAAUGAUUCAGAACCAAAAGUUGGAGAGAAAAGUCCGCCAAAACAAAAGAAGUCUUUAACUAAAGAAGAACAAAUUUCUGAAGAGAUUGUUGGGGAAGACAAUAUUGAGGAAAAGAAGAAAGAAAGUGGAGAUAAAAAUGCUACAAAAUUGGUUGAUAUUUUGGAGAUGGCAAAACUUAAAGGGAAGCUUCGUUCUUUGGAGACUGAAAGAGGACAAUUAAAAUUUUCACUUAAAAUUGAAAAAGAAGAAAAAGAAAAUUUACAAAAAGAAUUGGACCGUCUACGACAAGAAAUUGUUGAAAAAGAACGUGAUUCUGAACAAAGGGAAUUGGAUAGACAUGGACUUACUCAACAAUGUUCCAAAUUAUUACAAAUGAUUGAAGAAAAAGAGAAAAAAGUAGAAUAUAGUGAAAAUGAACGUGAAAGACUUCGUUCUCGUUUAUCAGAAAUUGAAUUGGAAUUGAGAAGAGUUGAGGAUGAAAGAAGAGAAUUGGUACAUAAACAUAAAGAAUUGGAACAAUCUUUGAAGAGAAGUAAUGAAUUAAAUGGAAAAUUGGAAAAUAAAUUGUUUCAUGAAGAAAGAAAAAUGAAUGCAAAAAUUAGACAAUUGGAAGAGCAAUUAAUUACAGCAAAAUCUUCAUUAAGUCCGUUAAAUUUAAGUGCUGGUGGAGGUGUUAGUAGCGAUUUAAAUAUGAGUGGAAAUUCUUCUGAUCGUGAUUUUAUUCCUUUAAAUGGACCUGAGGGAGGAGAUGAGGGCGGCGGUCAUGUUGAGCGAAGUAUGGUACCAAGCCUGUGGUCUGAAAUUGAGGCUUCGGAGCCUGUUGAUGAAUUAGUCAACCUCGAACGAAAGGCCAGCAUGCGCCGACGUAGAAGUGCUGCUCGAGAAUCUCCCUUCCUAGGAGAUAUUGUUCACAUAUCAAGCUCUGGACGUGAAGAACGUUUCAAUACUUCAAAAUAUUCUUCUGUUUCUUCUACAGCCGUUCCACGUCAAAGAAUGCGUUCUCGUUCAGCUGGAAGGCAAUCUGCUCGUCUUACUGGUGUUUCAGCGACAAAUCCUCUCUACAAUACUACAAGUUCAAUUGGUGCUUCAACAACUUCUUUAAACCGUCAAAGAGCUUCUGUUUUACCGACAGGGAAGAGUUCUCCAUACAGAAAUAUGAUUGAAAGACCAGCUUCUACACGCCCUCGAAAUAAUUUGUAUACGACUACAUCUGCUGGAGCAAUGUCAGGAGGAGCUUAUUCUUCAGAUUCUAAUGGUGCUUCAAGUCCUCCUCCAGAGAUGCCUCUUCUUUCUGGCGUUCCUCCACCUGGCUUAAACAAAAGACCUGCUAUUAUUUUACCACAAAGGAUGCAAGUACAUUUACACAAACCUGCGAAUAUUUUACCUAAAUAA